AUGGCACAGGUCGGCUUUCCAUGGCAUGCGCAGUCUCGGAUCCACGGGGCCACUCAGAGUUCUGAGAAAGACAGUCGACUGGCGGCUCCCUCGACCGACAACGCAUUGGUAGAUUCUACAAAUAACAAAGUCAACUCGACAUCGGUAGACAACAAGCACAAAGGCACACAUACGACCAGCAAGAAGCGCGCCGACUCGGUCAAAAAAGGAGCCAUAGCAAGGCCAAAUACACGCUUUCAGUCUGAACCUCCACGUGCACGAGAGCCUAUCAAACGUAUACCAGUGAGGACAAUCCCAGCCUGGAUUCAGGAUGCGGAUGAGGACGAUGUGGUAGAAGCCGGGGAAGCUGGUCUCCUCAUACCACAUGCUCCUGGCAAUGCGCUUGUAGCAGCACACAACCACACACCCUCCAACUUACAACGUGGCUAUUCAACUUCGUCGGGCGCUCCUCGAAGCGAGCCAACUUCACGAUGGGUUUCCUUCGCUCGUGCUAGUGCUUACCCUCGAGAGAACUUCGCCAGCGAGAAGGUGGAUGCGGAAUGGUUGAACGAAAACUUCACUGACUACUCUAAGCCUUGGUUAGCCGACCACGACGACGACGAUGUUGAGGACGGCAGCGACAAAUAUCGUGCUUUCCGGCGAAAGAGGCGUGCCUGGUAUCAGCGUCUGCACAUUGCCAUCAUGCGUAAUCCUUUCAUUCCUUUGGUCUUUCGCUUUACUGUCAUUUCUUUUGCAGCGAUAGCCAUGGGGCUAGGCGCUUCAAUUUUCCACGAAAACAACAUCCUCACGAGAUGUAUUGAGCAGCCAGUAGGUUCUAGGGACUCUUAUUGUGCCGCCAGGGUCAGUCAAGGCAACGUCAAUUACGAACGAGAAGAUCCAUCUGCCUUGAUGGCCAUCAUUGUGGAUGUUGUCGCAAUAGUCUACACUGUCUACAUCACCUAUGACGAAUACUUCUCAAAGCCUUUGGGAUUACGACGAGCGGCCGCGAAGGUUCGACUCGUCUUAUUGGACCUCUUCUUUAUUGUUUUUCAGUCAGCUAAUCUGAGUCUGGCCUUCAACUCGAUCGAGAUUGGACAAGGGCCUUGCGAGAUUGGGUCAACACCAGGCACAGACUUCACCUUUGACCAAGUCUGCCGCAGAGCAGAAGCUUUGAGCAGCGUCCUUCUUAUUUCUUUGGUCGCGUGGCUGCUUACUUUUUCUAUCAGUAUACUAAGACUUGUUGAGCAAAUCAACCCCCGAUGA